AUGGACAGUAUAAGCACAGCCAUCUUGCUCCUGCUCCUGGUUCUCACCUGUCUGUUCCUGACUCUCAGCUCAAGGGGCAAAGGCCGGCUGCCCCCAGGCCCCAGGCCCCUUCCAAUCCUGGGAAAUCUGCUGCAGCUUAACUCCCAAAACAUAGUAACCUCUCUCACCAAGCUGAGCAAGGAGUAUGGCUCCGUGUACACAGUGCACCUGGGGACCAGGCAGGUGGUGGUUCUCAGCGGGUACCAAACCGUGAAGGAGGCCCUUGUGGACAAGGGGGAGGAGUUCAGUGGCCGCGGCAGCUACCCCGCCAUUUUUAACUUCACUAAGGGCAAUGGCAUCGCUUUCUCCAAUGGAGAGCGGUGGAAGGUCCUUAGGAAGUUCUCGAUCCAAACUCUGCGGAACUUCGGGAUGGGAAAGAGGAGCAUUGAAGAGCAGAUCCUGGACGAAAGCAGCUUCCUGUUGGCGGAGCUGCAGAAAACCGCAGGCGAGCCCUUCGACCCCAAGUUUGUGCUGGGCCGCUCAGUGUGCAACAUUAUCUGCUCCGUGAUCUUCGGUAGCCGCUUCGACUACAACGAUGAGCGUCUGCUCGCCAUUAUUCACCUCCUCAAUGACAACUUCCAAAUCCUUAGCAGCCCUUGGGGCAAGUGGUACAACCUCUUUCCGAGCCUUCUGGACUGGGUGCCCGGGCCGCACAGACGCCUUUCCCAGAACUUCAGGCGCCUGAAGGACCUCAUCGCUCAAAGCGUCCGCGACCACCAGGCGUCCCUCGACCCCAACUCUCCCCGAGACUUCAUUGAUUGCUUCCUUACCAAGAUAGCACAAGAGAAGCAGGACCCGCUAAGCCACUUCCACAUAGACACCCUCCUGAUGACCACAUAUAACCUGCUCUUUGGCGGCACCCAGACCUUGGGCACCACGCUGCGCUACGCCUUCCUUGUGCUCAUGAAGUACCCAGAAGUGCAAGCCAGGGUACAGGAGGAGAUCGACCGUGUGGUGGGACGCGCGCGGCUGCCGGCAGUGAGGGACCGAGUGGCCAUGCCUUACACAGAUGCGGUGAUCCACGAGGUGCAGCGCUUCGCAGACGUCCUCCCCAUGAGCUUGCCGCAUCGCGUCACUCAGGACACGACCUUUCGCGGCUUCCUGAUACCCAAAGGCACGGAUAUUAUCACUCUUCUUAACACAGUCCACAAGGACCCCACCCAAUUCCUGAAUCCCCAGGAAUUCAAUCCUGAGCGCUUUUUGGAUGCCAAUCAGUCCCUAAAGACGAGCCCUGCCUUCAUGCCCUUCUCAGCCGGACGCCGACAGUGCCUGGGCGAGUCUCUGGCGCGAAUGGAGCUCUUCCUCUACCUCACCAACAUUCUGCAGAGCUUCUCGCUGCAGCCGCUGGGAGCGCCCGAGGACAUCGACCUGACCCCGUGCUUCUCUGGUCUCGGCAAUUUGCCGCCGCCCUUCCAGCUGUGCAUGCGCGCCCGCUGACGCCGGCUCUCUUAGGCUGUGGGCUAGAGGGCCGCCCCUAGGGGGUUGCUCCGUCCUUCUUCU